AUGAAAACGCACCUCGGACGCGUACGGCAGCGACGGACGGGACAUCGUAGCUGGGUCCGUCCCGGUCGACAGUCGGUUCGGGCAACAGGAGAGGGAGGAAUACGCGUGUGAGGAUUAACGCUGAGGCGGGUUGGAGAAAAAAAAAAAAAAAAAAAAGAAAGAAAAAUAAAUAAAUAUAUAGACUCGAGUACCAGCUGCGACUAUCCGGAUUACCCACUCGCUGAAACGGGGAAAACAAGCGACGCUUCGCGGACGCCUCUCGCCCCCGAGAGAGGAUGAGGUGACCGCGCGAGAAAAACGCAGGAAAAAGUGCUUCUGGGGGGGUCGAAGUUGGAAACGGACUCCGCGGGGCCCGGACGGACAUUUAAGAUUUCGUCGCGGAAAACUUCGCACCCGAUGCCGUUCUGGUGCGGCGCCGCAGGAGCCGAAUUUCAGGCAAGAAAAGGCUGAAUUCUCCCGCUGAGCAACCCCCCACCCUCCCCCUCCGUCCCCCCCGAGGUACAGUUAGUUCAUUUCGACCCCGAGAGUGAUUCUGUUCGCCGGAUAUUAAACACCAAGAAGAUCGGUUGCUCGUGCCGAUGCCAACGGCAGACUGCAGGUUGCUCCACCAUGGCCGGAUCAUGAGGUGUUUGACCUACCUGCUCCUACUCCCCGAAACGCUGAAAAAGUCCAAGAAGGUCGGCAAGCUCCCGGGCAGGCUGCCGGUAUGUUAUGAGAUCCUGACUCUGUCCCUGACCAGCAAGAAGCAGCAGCAGAAGCAGAGGGAGAAGAAGAUGGCUGCGGAGUUGUACCCCGCCGCCAACGCCGACAACACCAACCUGGCCAACGGCACCACGGUGGCGGACACCGAGAAGACCAAGGAGCUGCGGGUGAGCCAGGCCGGCGGCAGCGGCGGCGGCGGCGGCGGCAGCGCGGCGACCACCCCGACCACCCAGCAAAACAUCAACAACAACAACGUAGACCCGCCCAGCUGGCAGUGCAGCCACCCCACGCUGAGAGAGAGGAAUGCCUUGAUGUUUAACAAUGAGCUGAUGGCCGAUGUCCACUUCAUCGUUGGCCCCUCGGGGGGAUCGCAGAGGGUUCCAGCACACAAGUAUGUGCUGGCUGUGGGAAGCUCGGUCUUCUGUGCCAUGUUUUACGGCGAUCUGGCGGAGGAGGAGUCUGAGAUUCAUAUCCCAGAUGUGGAACCUGCUGCUUUUCUAAUUCUGCUGAAGUACAUGUACAGUGAUGAGAUCGACCUGGAGGCGGACACGGUGCUGGCCACCCUGUAUGCUGCCAAGAAGUACAUCGUCCCUGCACUGGCCAAGGCCUGCGUCACCUUCCUGGAAACGAGCCUGGAGGCCAAGAAUGCCUGCGUGCUGCUCUCCCAGAGCCGCCUGUUCGAGGAGCCCGAGCUGACCCAGCGAUGCUGGGAGGUGAUCGACGCUCAGGCCGAGCUGGCUCUGUGCUCCGAGGGCUUCUGCGAGAUCGACCUGCAGACGCUGGAGAUCAUACUGCGGAGGGAGACCCUCAACACCAAGGAGGUGGUGGUGUUUGAGGCCGUUAUGAGCUGGGCCACAGCGGAGUGCAAGAGACAAGGUCUGGGGUCCACCAUCCGCAACAAAAGAGAUGUCCUCGGCAAGGCGCUGUUUCUAGUGCGCAUCCCCACCAUGAGCCUGGAGGAGUUUGCUAACGGGGCGGCGCAAUCUGACAUCCUGACACUGGAAGAGACGCACAACGUGUUCCUGUGGUACACUGCGGCUAAAAAGCCCAAACUGGACUUCCCCCUGACUGCGAGGAAGGGCUUGGCGCCUCAGAGGUGCCAUCGCUUCCAAUCUUCAGCCUACCGGAGCAAUCAGUGGCGCUACCGCGGCCGGUGCGACAGCAUUCAGUUUGCGGUGGACAAGAGGAUCUUUAUCGCUGGUUUGGGUCUUUAUGGGUCGAGCGGCGGCAAAGCCGAGUACAGCGUCAAGAUUGAACUCAAGAGGCAGGGGGUGAUCCUGGCGCAGAACCUGACAAAGUUUGUGUCGGACGGGUCGAGCAGUACGUUUCCGGUGUGGUUCGAGCAUCCCGUUCAGGUGGAGCAGGACGCAUUCUACACAGUGAGCGCCGUGUUGGACGGGAACGAACUGAGCUAUUUUGGCCAGGAGGGCAUGACGGAGGUGCAGUGCGGGAAGGUGACAUUUCAAUUCCAGUGUUCCUCCGACAGCACCAACGGGACUGGAGUACAGGGAGGACAGAUCCCCGAGCUCGUGUUCUAUGCAUAAGCUGCUCUGGACUGCUGAUGGAAAAUUAGGUCCAUCCUCGCCUCCCAGCCUUUAAAGUAAUGUAGCAUUAAAGACACUUGAGUAAUGUCACACUAAAUGGCCUGGUUAGUUCUUUGAGAGACUAUUUUAAAAGCGAAGGAGCUGUUGUUUUAUCUUAUUUAAUUUAAUGUUAUUUUUUUAUUUAAAUACUGGGUUAACGUUAUUUGCUCUGAUGCCUGUGUUCAACGGCUGCGGCUGCUGUAGAAACAACAUUAACACGGUGAUUUGUGGUUAUGUAAUCAAGCUGAGCUCCACAACUGGAACAACUAGGGACUGCUUCAAACUGUGAUUGCGAGUCUAUAUACAAAUGUUGUUACUAUGGUCCAAGCAGCAAUAUUACACAAGGAGCAAACUUUAUGUAGUGUUAUGGUUCUAAAUGCAAAAAAAAGUAGAAACCUUGUCAAAGAGCAGAGUCGUUUUGCACUUCAGAGGAUGGCCUCGGAAACGUUGUGUCUUUUGUAAAAUACAGUUUAACUGUUGACAGCUUGAUGCUGUUAAAGACCAGAUGUGUUCUGUACGAGAAUGCUUAUACACCUGACGAUGAAAGAUAAAAGGUUAUAAAUGUGUUUGAAGCCACAAAUGUCGAUGUUAUUAUGGUGCCUGGGAUGAGGGAGCGGGGAUUUGAGGGGCAGCGGCGCCCUCUGGUUACAUCAGAGUGAACUACACCUUGGGUUUAUGACAACACGAGGUUCUUAAUCUGAUUUUUUUUUUUUUCUCAUUACGUUUAUGUUCAUCUUCAACUAACACAGCUGUACAGUGCAUAUUCGGGCUACAGAAAGCCUACAUUCAAAAUCAGCAGAAUAUCGCUGCAUGAAGAGAGCAGAACCUUCCUGUAGCUUUUCCUCUGAUAUUUUUGUCCGGUGUGCUGAAGUAUUUUGUAUGAUGUCUGUGCAGAGGAGUGUUUGUAUUAAUCUGCUGUGGAAGGAGGAUUUGGAUACGAUUCAGACUAGGAUCAUGUCCAGCGUAAACAAAAACAGUUUCAGUCACCAACAGAACUUUGGCGUUAAGGUCAACCCGCAAAAGUUCAGUGGAAAAAAAAGAUGCAGCAUGUCCACGGGUGACAUUGGGUGGUGUUGAGGCUCUGGUUUAUAGGAGAGAGGGCUUUUUGUGUGUUCUUUCAUGCUUGCAGAAUAUGAUUGGGACUAAAAGUGAGUGCAGUGUAAAUGAUAUCUGACUUGAUUUAGUCCUUCUGGGGUGAAGUCUUACAAAAUUCAAGAUAGAGGCAAAAAGGUACGUCCAAGUUUCCUCAGAGACUUUCUGAUUUUGUCCUUUUGUUGGUCCUGUCUGGCACAGCACUUACAUUUUAAGCUCAACGCAGCCAGUUAAAGUCCAAAUCUCCUGAUAUCAGUGGUUUAAGAACUAAAAAUAUACGCUAGAGAUGCACCAAUCCAGUUUUUUUUCUCUCCUAAAACCUCAGCUCAUCCGGUACUGAUCCAUUACCAGUGUUCUUUCUCCCAAAUUUGAAAUCUGUGGACCUCACUACACGGAGCUCACUGCAGUCAUUUUUAUGUUUGGUGACAGGGAUUGCUGCGGUACUAAAACCCGAGUCUGAGUAACCCACUGUGACUAAAAUGAAUCAUCGGGAGUAUCUUAGUUUGGGAUCGGAAACUACAAAUGUGAUCACAGAAAGCCUGAGUUAUGAACCGGAGAUGUGGGGGUUUAACGAGCAGCGAGCGUCCAAAGAAAAACACACUCAAGUUGAAGUUUGGGAAAUGCAGGAUGCGGUGUUCAUAGUGUGGACUAAAAGUCGGGAUCUCUCUGCCUCUGCUGCAUCGAUUUUGAGCCCCCCUCCCCACAUCCGUCAGUUGAAAGCCCCCAAAUUAUUAGUGCACAUUAUGGAAGCAGUAAUAAAUCCCUGGAGUGCCCCUUUUAAAUAAUUGAUUAAGACAAAAAUGCCAAACAUCCGCUGGUUCCAGCUUAGCAAAUGUUUAGAUUUGCUGCUUUAUUCUCUUUUAUAUCAUUGUAGACUGAAUGUAUUUGGGUUUGGGACUGUUGGUCGGACAAUACAAGAUGUCUGAGUAUUUCUCCGUGGGUCUGUGAAAUUGUGAGAGGCAUUUUUCACUAUUUUUUGGCAAUGUAUAGACUAAGUGAUUACUCAGUUAAUCGUAAAAAUAAUUGGCGGAUUAAUCGAUAACGACAUUAACCAGUAGUUAACACUUAUCUACAUAAGAGACAAUCCGCAAAAUGGCAACUAAAAAGAGCUGAUUCAGCAUUUAGAGGAGAUGAUUCAACAAAAUCUUGCAUUGUUAAUGUAGUUUAUAAAAAGAGGGUGAAGUUGAGUUCAGUACCUAUAGCCGGGGCAUUGAUGCACAGUUCUCUGGCCAGGACAAGAAAGGUUUUUCCCAGGACGUAGACGUUCACCUGUGGAGGAGAGAUGUUGAAGUUAAAACUCUAGAGAGUGAAGCACGUGUCAGAGGAAAACCCUGUGCCGCCGGUUGAGUCUCAUUUUCUGACUGGAUUUGGGAGCCUGAGUGAUCCUGUAUGUCCUGAGUGGAGCUCGAUGACUCCGGGAACCAUUAAACCCAUUCAAAGCCACUUCCAGAGUUGACAGUAGAGCUGGAGCAUUAGUCUGAAAUCAAAGACCCGUGUGCCUCACAAGAUGCAACAGGAGGGAUAUGACUGAGGGUGACUGGUGUGUUUGAGAGAGAAGAACAGACCAUUAGGAUAUGAAAAAAGGCCGAUGCGUCAGGUCAAGUGUUCCGGUUAUAUAAUCGACCCAAAGGUUGCAGAAACGUUUUACUUUAAUGUGUGUGAUUAAAGGCUGAUCUCUGCUGCUAUCUGAAGGGAUUUUUUUUCCCAGGUUUUUGUACGGUCUCUCGAACUCAACAGCU